AUGAACUUUACAAAAAAGAACAAGACUGGAUCUUCUGAUAUUAACUGUGACAGCAAUUCUGUGAAAGAAAUUUUGCUAAGAAUCCAGAUCAUAGAGAAGAAACAGUCUGAAGACAGUCAGUCAGAUCAAACACAUGUUAGUAACACUGAAGACAGUCAGUCUGAACAUGAAACACUAAAAGAUUUUAUCAACAGGAAGAAACAAAAGGAUCAAGAUAUUGAAGAAGGAGAAAUUUUAUCUCCAAUUGAUGAAAACUCUACAUCAAGCCUCCCAUUAGUUGAUCCUAAUUAUGAACUUGAGAUGAAAGAUGUGGUUGAAGGCAAAAGCGAUAACAACAACAGUAUCAGUAGUCAACAAAGUACUCCGGGAAGUUUUAAAGGAAGCAAGAAAAACAAUGGAAAAGGAAAUCACAACAAGCAUAGUAUUGACAACAAUGUUCCCAACCAGUCCACAAUGAAAAGAAGUCACUCCAGAUCAGGUAGACUUCAAACUGUUGUGGAGAAUAAUGACCAGCAAAUUACCAUCAACUUUAAAGAGAAUCCAGGUGACACUGGAACAUACAUUACUUCUGUUUAUGCUAAGUGCACUGCUUUGGAAAGGAUUGGUCUUUGGGAGAGCAUCACUAACAUGACUAACAAUAUAAAUGGUCCAUGGUGUAUGGGAGGUGACUUCAAUGUUAUCAUGGAUCAAGAUGAGAAGUUGGGAGGAAAUCCACACAGAACUUACAAGAGUAUUGAGUUCAUAAACUGCAUGGAAUCUUGUGGUCUAAGUGAUGUGGGAUUUGCAGGUCCAAGGUAUACCUGGUGCAAUAAUUGGAGGCCAAGCAAACGAGUGUGGAAAAGGUUGGAUAGAUUUCUAAUCAAUGAUGAAUGGGCUAUCAAGUUCCAAAACAAUAUGGUGGAACAUCUUCCCAGGACAGGUUCUGAUCACAGACCUUUGGUUUUUAAAUGCAACAGUGACCAACACAACAAUAUCAAGUACUUUAAGUUCCUGAACUGUUGGGCCGGUCAAGAUGAUUUCAUGGAAGUUGUCAAGGAGUCCUGGAAUAUUAUAGUUAGGGGCAAUGCUAUGUGGAGACUACAGUGUAAACUCAAGAUUCUGAGCAGACAACUCAGCUGCUGGUCAAGAAAUAGUAUCGGGGACAUUCAUGAAAAUGUUAGCACUUGGGAGGCUAAAAUGGAACUUCUGGAAAACUGUGACAUCUUGCAAAAUACUGAUCAUAGUAGGGAGAAGCUAAAUAAAGGAUAUGCUGAGUACAUAAGGUGGUUGAACCUGCAGGAUAAUCUCUUAAAACAGAAAACUCGGCUCACAUGGUUCAAAGAUGGUGAUAAAAACACCAAGUACUUCCACAGUGUGCUAAGGAACAAAACAAGAAGGCUUCAGAUUCAGAGGAUCAAAAAUCACAAGGGCAGAUGGAUACAAGGGGAAGAAAAGAUUGCUAAAGCUGCUAUCAGACAUUUUAAGAAACAAUUCAACCUUAAUCAUCAACAGAGAACCAAUAGUGUGCUGGAUUGUAUCCCUCACAUCAUCACUGAGGAACACAAUGCUAGACUAACUAGGAUACCUUGCAAAGAGGAAAUUAAAAAUGCGGUUUUUGGCAUGAGCAGUGAGAGUUCAGCAGGUCCUGAUGGUUUCAAUGGCAAGUUCUUUCAGGGAGACCCUAUUUCCCCUUCACUGUUUGUGCUAGCUGCUGAAGUUUUGUCAAGAUCACUCAAUAAUCUACUUUUGAAUCCUAAUUUCAUCCCCUUCACCAUGAACAUAAAUGGACCCCAAAUUACUCACCUUGCUUAUGUUGAUGACAUUGUCAUAUUCAGUAGUGGGAACAGCAAAUCUGUCAAACUGGUCAUGAAGCAAAUUGUUAAGUAUGAGAGGGUCUCUGGACAAUUGGUUAAUCCUAAUAAAAGUUGUUUUCUAACUUGUCCAAAAACUUGUGCUUAUAGAAUCAACAGAUUAAGAAAGUGUACUGGUUUCAUGGACAAAGAAUUCCCUUUUACUUACCUUGGGUGCCCCAUAUACAUUGGAAAAAAGAAAAUUAGUUACUUUGAUAGUAUGGUGACUAAAGUUUUUAAAAGGCUACAAGGUUGGCAAGGAAACAUGCUAUCUUAUGGGGGUAGACAGAUUCUAAUCAAAAGUGUGAUCCAAGCCCUUCCUACAUAUAUUCUCAGUGCCAUUAAUCCUCCAAAAAGAACUUUGGAACUUAUUGAAAAACAUAUGUGUAACUUUUUUUGGGGGACUGAUAAUGGUAAAAACAAGUACCACUGGUGUGAUUGGGAUAAGCUUUGUUUCCCCAAAGAUGAAUCUGGUAUUGGCAUCAGGAAUAUGAUGGAUAUCUCAAAUACUCUUGUUGUUAAGAGAUGGUGGAGAUUUCGAUCAAUGAAUUCACUGUGGGCUGAUUUUUUAAAGGCAAAAUAUUGCAUCAGAAAACAUCAUGUUGCUAAGAAAUGGGUUCCUGGUGACUCUCAAGCAUGGAAACAUUUGCUAUGGGCAAGAGACAAAAGUGAAAAGUGCAUUAACUGGAAAAUCAACUCUGGAGAUUGUAAUUUUUGGUGGGAUGACUGGACAGGAAUGGGCCCUUUAGCUCAAAUAUGUCCUGACUUCAUGGUUGGUAAUGGAUAA